AUGAAAUCAAUUAUUGCUAUCGCUCUCAUCUUGGUCUUGUGUCAACUUGUCCAAAGCUCCACCAUUUCCAUUGAAAAAGGUUUAGGUGGUCCAAUGGGUUCAACCUACGAAGAAUCAUCUCCUCUCGUUAGGUCAACCAUGGAUUCAGCCAAAUCAUUCAUCCUCCCAUCCAACAACAAUUUCAAAUCCAUCGCUGCUCCAAGAGCUUCCCUUGAUUGUGCUUGUUCUGGUUGUACCACUUUCACAGAUGUCAACCAACAAUUCUACAAGUUUAACACUACAUGUUUGGAUUCCAGAAACUUUGCCUCCAAUUCUAUCAACUUGGGUUCUGACAAUACUAAAGAAAUGUACAGAAUAUACUACUUCAAAGAAGCUGAAUUCAGAAAGUUUGAUGCUGGUAAUACUGCUGUUCCAAUUUCUCCAAGUCCUUUAACCACCAAUUGUUUGAGUGCUUCUGGAACUAUUUUCAAUUCUCCAAAUGUCAUUACCACUUACAGAUGUGAAUCUUCAGUUGCUAAUGCUACUACUUGCACAACCAAGUACAAGUAUACUGGAACUUGUUAUAUUGGAUUGAAUAAUAUUAAUGCAACAAGUUAUUUCCAAGAUGGAAAGUUGAAAGUUUUGGUUGAAUUGUACGGAAAUGAUGGAAAGUUGUGGAUCUAUUCUGGUUCUACCAUUACUGUAACUGCUAAGAGUGCUUCCUAUUCUGCAACUGUUUCAACUUUAAACAUCUACUCUGGCUCAACUAUUUUUACAUUCCCUGUUUCUACUACUGCUGAAUCUUUCAGUAUUACAAUUACAGCUGAGAAUAUCUUUGGAACUCUUUUGACAACCUUGACUAAAGAUCGUUCUACUAGUGGAGCUUCAGGAUUGAGUUUGGGUGGUUUUGUCCUGAUGGUUGCCAUGAUUAUUUUCUCAUUAUUCUAA